AGAUACUGCCUUUCGUGGCGGUGAUCUUUGCUAUCUCCCUUCUUACCGCGCUAAACCCCAUCCUCGCUGUGCUUUUCCUGAUAGCUGUCUUCAUUACCGGGCUAUAGCCAUACUCUUUCUAUUCGUAAUAAUGAUGCUCGAUAUCAAGCUAGCUGAAUUAAGCUCUUCAGGAGAAGAGGCCAGCAAAGUAUAUCCUGUUGCAUUUCUUAUCGGCACGCCGUUCCUUUGGACCCUCACUGGCUCACCAUUAUUUAGAGGUGACACUCUUUAUAGUUGGUUUGACCUAACCACCCUAGGCAUUGCUCACAUCUCUGAUCCUUCAGCCCUCCAAUGGACUAAUCUCUUUGCGGCCUUCUCUAAUAUUAAUUCAUUAGGCGCCCAAUUAUAUUAUGCCUUGACAAAACUAGCGGAAGUAAGAUCAAAAACUCACUCAAAUGUUCUUUUCUCUGAUAUUGUACCUGAUAGGUAUGAUGGGUUUCAUAGUAAACCGCAAAAAUCUGGUUCUCAUGGUUUCGGUAUCUACGUAAUCGCGGUUGCGGCAGCUGAAAGUGCUAUAGGCUUAGCUAUCAUAGUCGCCUUCUACAGACUCCGGGGUUCUAUAGCAAUUAGCAACCCCAAAAGGGGCAUAAUCUGCUCAUCAUGUUAUCGUGGCCAUCUUCAAAAUACUUGGGAUGAUGGGUUAGUGUUGGCUUGGCUCUUGCUCCUUUUUCUUGGUCCUUAUGGAGCAAUGGUUGGUGCUACCGUGGCUAGUAUGGGGACUAGUUAUGUUAUGGAGGAGAACAGCGUUAAUGUAACAAAAUAUCAAGCAGAAGUUGUAUCAGAAAAGUUGAGUAUUGCGAUAGGCACUA